GGCAUCACAUAAUCUUCUCAACUCCACCCUCAUCUCACUUGCAUGCUCACGUGUAUAUCGUGAGCAAGUCACGCAUAAUCUUCUCCGUCGACGCGCAGUCGUAGAAUACGUGCUCACCUCGCCCCUUCACUCCCUGAACCCUGCUGGCUGCUGGCCUCGUUCAAACACCUCACGCCCUUGGUCUCCUCUAUUUCUUUCUCUUUCUUAGCUCUCAGAUCAACCAUUACUCUCAUUGACCACUUUAUCCUCACUCCACUUGUAUCACCCAGACAUCCUUUACAUCCUUCUCUCUCCGCAGUUUCUUCAACAUGCCCCUCUUGCAAUCUCUCACAAAUUUCUUCUCCUCGCCCAACGCUUCUAAUUCCCGACACGGUCAUAACUCUAGACGAUCAGUGGUGAACUCUACAUUCGACGCUUUCAGUUUGCCUACCACUCAGAACGUGGGUGGAGGGUUUGGUCAGAGUAUGGACCGAGGAAUGCAAGGCCUGGAUAGUCCAUCUUCUGGACCAAGCAGACGGGAUAGCUACGUUGUGUAUCCUCCAAAAUCUGAAGCCUCUCGACACGCCCUUGCGUAUUUUCCACCCCUCUCACAUACCUUCCACAGAUUACGCAAUGCCCUCGCCGACUCUUUCCCCGAGUUACUGGAAACUCUCAAUCCCCCUGUAGAUCCAUCUCUAUUGGCGACAUUUGAAGCUGAACUUGGCUCCCCACUUCCUCCCCCUGUCCGCGAUUGUUAUCUCAUAGCCGAUGGUCAGGGUCUCGAAGCGACUGGAAAUAUCUCAGGGUCAGGUGGACUUUUCUUCGGUCUUCAACUGUUACCCCUGGAAGAGGUGAUGAGAGAAUGGGCGUUCUGGCGUGCGGCAGAACAUGAUCCAUCAGCGGGACAAAACCUCGCUGUACUAGCCACCAUGGCUAGUAUACCCCCGAAUUGGAUCAAACCUCUCUAUGCUUGUAGAGGAUGGUUACCUCUUCUCACUGAUCGAACGGGAAAUUAUGUGGGUGUAGAUCUCGAUCCUGGACCGGAUGGUGCAUGGGGACAAGUGAUUGUCUUUGGAAGAGACUUUGAUCGAAAAUGUGUCUUAUGGCGCGGGGAGGGAGAAGGAGGGUGGGGGAAAUGGAUGGCAGCUUUUGUCGAUGAGUUGGAAAGUGGGGAAGGGUGGGAAGCUGACAAGUCGAAUUCUUCAGAUGAGGAGGAAGAAGUAGGUUAUGGGAGUUAUAAUGGUGGUGCUAGCUACGGUGAAGCUGGAAGGGGUUUGAGACUUGCUGGUGAGUAUAGAGGAUGGAGUGUUUUAGAAGCUUGGUGGGAUCGUAGUGUUCGUAAAUGGGAAGAAUCGGGGCUCGGGAUGGACGUCGAAGCUAUCGAAAGAGGUUUGGAGGAAGCAAGAAAGCUUGCAGGGGUGGAUGAGAAAGGUAAAGGAAAACAAACUGCUGUAGGUAUUCGAGCUGGGGAAAGUUCAGCUCAAGUGGAAAUACCAGUCAUUGGAUCUCCUCAAGCUCCUCCCGCACCAUCGACGCCGGUCCCAGGUGACUCUGACGUUCUCUUACCACCUUCAUCCCCUGACACCGCUCCUGUUCCGAAAAUUCGAUACGCCGCACCAUCCCCUGUCCGAGUCAUUACACCCAUAGCUUCCACCUCUGAUCAUCCUCUCAAAGCCCCUCCUAUCAAUCCUCAGGGCUACCUUUCACCCCCAUCCCGCUCACCACCACGUCACCAACCUCAACGUCGAUCCACCUUACCUCCCACUCCUACCCCGUUGGACUUGCCCACUCGAGCGGAUAUGCAGGCCAUGCAGGCUAUUGCUACGGUCGAAGCCAACAAUCUACGAGGUGGUUGGGUGAUGAACCUUGAAACGUCGGCUGCUGCUAGACGAUAUCGUAAUUCCAGUGAUUCAGAAAUGGUCGAUAUCGAUCUUGAAGGUGGUAGAGGAGAGAAAUUCGGUUCACCUAUCAUUACUACAGAUGUGGAACUGGUGGCUCAAAGAGAGGAAGAGAAAUUAUCCAUGGCAAAUAUAGACAAUCGUCGUUCCCCAAGAUCUUCACCUCAACUUAUUCAAUCACGUACACCAUCACCACUUUCUAGAGAUCCUUCAUUAGAAUUACCUACAGAACAAACUCCUCGAGCUACAUAUCGACAAGAUGCAAUAAACAUACCUCCAAGCGUUUUAGCUGCCACAUCAGCACUUCGUCGUCCACCACCCAUAGUAAAUCAUUCCGAUUCCAUUCGACGUGAAUCAGACGAAAGACAUCGAGUGAUUCGAAAUCCUAAUUCUCGUAGGGAGAGAGAAUCAAGUGUUUUAUCCACAGAUUCUAACGAUGGUCUGUUAGAUCGUGAUAGAUCUUUCUCACAAGAUUCUCAUAUGGAUACUCCUCCAAUCAUCUCAUCUCCUAUCACGAGUCCAAGGAUGGGAGGAUUAUCACUUUCAAGUCCAACCAUUCAUGUAACUCCUCCACCUUCUGCACCCACAUCACCUCCAAGACAAAGUAUGAGAUUAGUGGGUAGUAAUGUUAAACCCACUCCUAUGGGUAUAGAAGAUGGUAUGGUGGAAGUUAGUUUAGAACCUUCAACAUCAGAUAUGACCAUUGUACCUGAUAGACGGGGGAUGGAAAAGGAAGAAGUUUUAUCACCAAUCUCUGCGAGAUCUAGUAUGUCAAAUGGAACUUCGUCUACUGUGGGAAGAGGAGUGAGGGAUAAAGAGAUGGGGGCUGUGGCGAGGGCGAAAGCUAAGUUGGGAGUUGCGGGAUGAGAGCGAGUACGAGUAGAAGAAGAGGGUGAGAGGUUGCAGGAUCUGGAGAGACAUGUGACAUGACGAGAAUUGCAUAUGAGCAUGUUGGAAGAUGAUUUUGUAUGAUCAUUUCAUUCCUUUCAUCGUUGAAUGACGUUUGUAAAGGUC